AUGUUAUGUCAACUGCUAAUACUUGUCUUUGGAAUAUCACUAACUAGAGACAUAUGCAUUAGAAGCUGUUAUUCAGAAGCCCAAGCCUCCAUAUAUUAUUAUUGCAACCUCACAGAUACUCCAAUUGUGCCAAAGGAUACAGUGAAGCUUUUGCUAACUUUCAACUACAUCACACAAGUGACUGCAACUUCGUUUUCACUGCUGGAGCACUUGUUGCUGUUGGAAACUGGAGCACAGUAUGUCUAUCCUGCUACCAUAGGAAAAGGAGCUUUCAGGAAGCUGCCAAAUCUUCGUAUCUUAGACUUGCGAUACAACAGAAUUCUUCAACUGGAUCUUGAUGCUUUUGUGGGCUUGCCAAGCCUGGCUGUACUCCAUCUGUUUCAGAACAACCUUGGAGAUUCCAUCCUGGAGGAACAUUACUUUCAAGAUUUGAGCUCAUUAGAAGAAUUGGAUCUUUCAGGGAACCAAAUCACAAAACUUCAGCCUCAUCCCUUGUUUUACAAUCUAACAGCCUUGAAAACUGUGAACCUGAAAUUCAACAUGAUAUCCAACCUGUGUGAGAGCAACCUAACCAGCUUCCGAGGAAAACACUUCUUAUUUUUUAGCCUCAAUUGGAAUUACAUGUACAAGACAGAUGAAACAACGUGGGCCAAAUGCCCAAAUCCUUUCAGAAAUACUAUGUUUAACUCACUAGACCUUGGUCUCAACGGCUGGAGCACAGAGAAAGUCCAAGCUUUCUCUUCAGCCAUUAAAGGAACACAAACAGGUUCUUUAAUAUUUAGCUUUCAUAUAAUGGGUUCUGGAUUUGGGUUUAACAACUUAAAAAAUCCAGAUAAGAAUACGUUUGCAGGACUACCAAGAAGUGAUCUUCGUUUGCUUGAUAUUUCAAAUGGUUAUAUUUUCUCUCUCAAUUCUUUAAUCUUUCAAAGCCUUUGUAGUCUGGAAUUGCUGAACCUUUUCAAAAACAAGAUAAAUCAAAUCCAAAGGCAAGCAUUUUUUGGCUUGGAAACCCUAAAAACUCUCAAUCUCUCAAGUAAUCUUUUAGGUGAGUUGUACGAUUAUACUUUUACAGGUCUACACAGUGUCGUGUAUGUUGAUCUACAGCAAAAUCAUAUCAGGAUGAUUGGUGAGAAAUCAUUCAGUAACUUCGUAAGUCUGAAAAUAAUUGAUCUCCGAGACAACGCCAUUAAAAAGCUCCCUUCCUUUCCACAUCUGACCUCUGCCUUUUUAGGUGAUAAUAAGCUAAUGUCCAUAGCUGGCAAAAAACUAUCAUGAACAUACCUUGAAUUAGAAAGAAAUAGGUUGGCAAACCUGGGUGACUUGUAUAUCCUUUUCAAAGUUCCAGAUGUGCAGUAUAUCUUCUUAAAACAGAAUCACUUCUCCUACUGUGUGAAAAGUGAUAAUGUUAUAGAAAACAAACAGUUAAUCUAUAUGGAUCUAGAUGAAAAUAUGUUACAGCUUGUGUGGGAGAGAGAUUUAUGUUUGGAUGUGUUCAAGGGACUGCCCAAACUUCAGGUUCUACAUCUGAAUAACAACUACCUUAGUGCUCUUCCACAGGAGAUUUUUAGAGGUUUAACAUCCCUAAAAAGACUUAAUCUAGCUUCCAACCUAUUGUCCCAUCUUUCUCCUGGGCUUUUCCCACAAAGCCUAACAAACUUAAAUUUAUCUGGAAACCAGCUUUUUUCCCCUGAGCCUGAAGUCUUUAUGACUUUGAGUAUUCUGGAUAUAACACAUAAAACUUUAAAGAGCCGACUAGUGUGGCUAAAUGAAACCAACGUAACCCUAGCUGGCUCAGAGUCUGACAGGUACUGUGUAUAUCCACCUGCAUUUGCAGGGGUACCACUGUCAUCUUUGACAUAUGGUGGUUGCAGUGAAGAUGAACUCCAGCAGAAACUCAGGUUCUCAGUAUUUGUCUUCACCUCCACCAUUCUUCUAAUGUUUCUGAUGGCAGUAAUUAUUUUUACUCGCUGUUUUGUCUGGUAUAAAACUAUCACCAAAAAAGUGAUAGACAGGCAUCCAAAAGUAGCAGAUAAAAGUGAAUACGAAUACAAUGCAUAGUUGUGCUACAGCAAAAAAGACUUUGAUUGGGUCCAGAAUGCUUUGCUGAAGCACCUGGAUUUGCAGUAUUUUGAUAAAAACAGAUUUACCUUGUGCUUUGAGGAAAGAGAUUUCUUGCCUGGGGAAGAACAUAUCAACAAUAUUUGGGAUGCCAUUUGGAACAGCAGGAAAACAAUUUGCAUUGUGACCAGGCAGUUUCUCAAAGAUGGGCGGUGUGUGGAAGCCUUUAAUUUUGCCCAGAGCAGGUACUUUUGUGAUCUGAAAGAUGUCCUCAUUAUGGUAGUGGUUGGGUCCCUUUCUCAGUAUCAACUGAUGAAACACAAACCAAUUCAAAACUUCUUACAAAGGAAUCAUUAUCCGCAGUGGCCUGAAGAUUAUCAAGAUGUAGACUGGUUUUUAAAUAACGUUUCUUGCCAAAUUCUGAAUGAAAAGAAAGUGCGAAGGAAAGCCAAGGGUAUAGAGCUGCAGACUGUUGCAACACUCUCACAUUGA